CGGGGACAAGAUGGCCAGGGUCUUUUAGGUGCUUUUUCUGUGAACGGCCCUAGCCACCACAGGGAAACUGAGGCAAGCACCUCCUGGCCCAGCCUUGCCUGAGGUGGAGGGGCCUCCUUGCUGGUCUUAGGUUUAGCCUCUCGGAGUGGUGCUAUUUUGGGCUCUGCCAAGGAGCAAGUUAGCAUUCGGGUGGGAGAGACCUGCCCUUGGGGCGCCUGGGUUAGGAAACCAAGCGGCGGAGGCGCCACCGGAAGGCAGGCAGGUCGAAGAAGAGCUGGUGGGAACAAACAAGAUUGGGGGCCGCCAGAGCCUCCACCCUCUCCUGGUCUCGCUGCCCACCAGCGGUGGAUGGAGGCUGCUGGCUGGGCUUCCCAGAGGAAGCUCUGCGCUUUUCUGUAGCGCCUAAGUGGGUGAAAGUUCACCUCUCCUCUCUUUGUGGGAACUCUCCAUCCCUUUGUCUGAAUCGGUGGACGUCUCCCUUCCAGACCUUCACCACCAGCGGGCUUCACGUGCGGUGGCGAGGAAUUUGGAAGAAACGCACGAAAUCUUCCAAGGAGGUCACUGUUGAGUUUUUAGACACUGCCUUUUAUUUCAAAAUGCAUAUUUUUCUUUCCACUCCUCUUCCUUCACUGCCCACGCACUCACUAUGUGUAUCUCAUUGCGCCUCCAGUCUGGAAAGGUGGAGGAGCCAACAGAAAGGUGGAAAGAGCCCCGGUUGUCGGGGCCAUCAGUGGGGGGAUCAGUCUGCAGGCUUGAACUGACGUCUGAAUAUUGCUCAUCUUUGGGGUGUUGAAUGCCUGGCACUGCUCCUCAGGGAGGAACUUCAGACCGUUUCAUGAACCACCGGGCCCCAGCCAAUGGCCGCUACAAACCAACUUGCUAUGAACAUGCUGCUAACUGUUACACACAUGCAUUCCUCAUUGUUCCGGCCAUUGUGGGCAGCGCUUUCCUCCAUCGGCUGUCUGAUGACUGCUGGGAAAAGAUAACGGCGUGGAUUUAUGGAAUGGGUCUCUGUGCCCUCUUCAUCGUUUCCACAGUAUUUCACAUCGUGUCUUGGAAAAAGAGCCACUUAAGGACAGUGGAACAUUGUUUUCACAUGUGUGAUAGAAUGGUUAUCUAUUUUUUCAUUGCUGCUUCUUACGCUCCAUGGUUAAAUCUCCGAGAACUUGGACCACUGGCAGCUCAUAUGCGUUGGUUUAUCUGGCUCAUGGCAGCUGGAGGAACGAUUUAUGUAUUUCUCUACCAUGAAAAGUAUAAAGUGGUUGAGCUCUUUUUCUAUCUCACAAUGGGAUUUUCUCCAGCCUUGGUGGUGACAUCAAUGGUUAUCUUGCUUACUGCAAAUGACAUCAAGAUGUUAUGAAAUUAGCGCGAUUCAGAAAGACUAAGAACCCCACCAUGUCAGCAGCUGGAAAGGGCUGCUCUGCAGUAAAUAUGUUUAUUAAGUAAGCGGAUGUCAGAGACAGGGCUUGAACCUAGGUUGGACUCAGCCCCUGUGUGCGCUGUUUCCACCCAGUCUCUUCGAGCCCCACAUGGAGAAGGGGGCAGCUGCAUUCCCCUGGGUGCUGUACUUCUCUGGUAAGCUUUGUCCAGAAAGAGGUCACCCAGGAGAACCCUGUGACCACGCACCAAGCCAGCAGGGCUGACCUGAUGUACCCCUGUGGGUGAGGCACUCUGCCAGGCGCUUGGCUCAUUCAAACCCAAGGAAACUUAGAAGGCACGAGCCUGGCAGCGCCUGCGGCUGUACAGAAGAUACCCACUCAAAUGAGCCCUGGGAAGCACAGGACAGGAGCAUUCUGACGCUGGACCUAGGGCUGAAGCCAAGGGUAGUGGAGCAGUGUGAUCCUGAAGAACAAGAAUCAGGGAAGUCCUGGGGCUUUGAAGGAUUGCGAGGGCCCUUUGUCUAUCUGCCCUUCCUCCCCUGCUGAUUCAUCAGCCCCUCCCUGUCACCAACAGAGGGGAUUCCUGUGCAGACUGCAGCGUGCAUAGGAGUCAACCCACAUACGGAACCGUCUAAGGGCGUGCAGGGGCACACGGAUCUAGUGGCGCACAAAGCAGAUCUGAAGGGUGUAUGUGCACGGACAAAUGUCAAGAGAGUUGGCAAAUCUUCAAAUUUUACAUGUAGUGUUUUUCUUCUGAAAAUCAACCUACCCAAGACAGUGCUUGUCCAUAAAGCAUCGUGUCGUCUUUGUCUUCCCUGUCUUCUCCUCUUUUUGUGCUGCUGCUGGGGACUUGUACUGAGUGGUUAGGCCUAGGAUGUCUGGAUUUACACUCAACAUGUAAAGAUUUUUAAAAUUAUUAUUCCCUGAGCAAUAAAACUCUUUACAUAGCACUUGCAUGAAUUAGUAUAAGUAAUGUUAGAGAUGGUUUAUACUCCAUGCACAGGUGGAUGUGUUUAGGUUAUAUGCAAAUACUCUAUUGUUUUAUAUAAGGGACUUGAGCAUCCACAGAUUUUGGCUGCCACAGGGUCUCAGAACGGACCCCUCUCCCCCGGCCCAUAGAUGCUGAGAGAUGGCUGUACUCGGCCACACAUAAGAGUUAGCUAGGAGUACUUAAAACAUGGGGAUGUCCGAGCCUCAACCCAGACCUGUUUCAGAAUUAGUGGAUCUGUUCUCCUGUAACACAGCCCCAGGUGACUUCUCUUCAGCCAAUAGGAGCACAGCAUGUGCAGUGGCUUCUGGGAAACAUCCUCUCAGUGAUGCCCAUUCGGUAGACUGGAGCUCACCUCUGCCGCUUUCACCUCCAACCCUUUCACUCAGCUUCUUAUCCUGCCUAACUUCGUUACCUGUUCUGUAAACGGGGAUAACGACUGUUCCUCCUUCACACUGCUGAUAGGGGAUGAAAUCAAGUACUUGCCGUGUACAGUACAAUGGCACAUAAGAACUCAAAACUUUAAUUUGUUAUUAAUUACAUAGAAUUAGCAUUUUAUCAUCUAUGUAAUUGAUCUCUGUA